AUGCUAAUAAAGAGGGUAAAAAUUACGAUAAAGGCGAAGGUGGUGAUAGCGUGGACAGUGAUGGCGGAGAAGGUGGAAGCUAUCAAAAGGCUGUCAACUACGAUAGUAACGUACCUAAUUGAAGGAGAUGGUGAAAAUGAAUCCGGUAACAAUAGAUUUGGUAGAAAUAUUAACAAACCAAACAAGUGUUACAAUAAAGUGUCCACUAAUAAAAAUAUAUUGCAUGGUAAGGAUGCUGAUGAAGAUAAGAAAGGGUAUAUUAUCAAGCCAGGGAAAACAAGGCCUGGUGGGUAUAUCAGGCCGAGAAGGCGGAUCUGGUAA